UUAAAUAUGGGUUAGUCCAAUGCUCUAGGGUUAUCAUCUCAUCGCCUUUUUUUUUCCUUCGCGCCGUCUCCUCCAACUGGAUCAGCUCGUAAGUCUUUUCUGCUCUGUUUAUCUUGAUGGAGAAGGAGCUAUUGGCUGCAUUCGAAGCUGCUGAGAAGGCUGCGGAUGCGGCAGCGGCUGACGGUGGAUUGGCGGAAGAGGAUCGCUGCUUGGAUGCCCUAAAACGGUUGCGUAGGAUGCCGGUCACCACCAAGGAUCUGGUGAAUACGCAGGUUGGCAAGCGCAUUCGCAGCCUCACAAAACAUCCUAAGCCUAAGAUUCAAUCAGUUGCUACUGAUUUGUUUAAAUUCUGGAAGAGUGUUGUUAUCGAGGAGACCAACAGAGAUAGCAAGAAAAGUAGCAGCUCCGUUGAUGCAAACCUUGCAAAAACCGAAACUCAGUCUGAGAGAUCAGAUUCUACCAAGGUUGACAAGACUUCAAAUUCUGGUUCAUCUAAGCCCAACAUCCACUCGAAAUCAGAAAGCAUGAAGGUCGAAAAGCUUCCUUCAGACAGAUUUUUGGUCUCUGAAAAGUUUUCUAAAAUAGAUGCUGUCAAAAUUGAGAAAACCAGGAAAGAUGAAUCAGGGAGUGUGGGGAGUGUGUCUUUUGAGAAAAGAAAUAGGGUCGAAACCAUCAAGGUAGAAAAGUUCUUGAAGGAAGAUAAACAGAACUCAGUUUCCAAGAAGCCUUUGAUUCCUACUGGACCUCCAAAGCUGACUUCUCUGGUCAAAUGCAAUGAUCCUGUGAGGGACAAACUCCGCGAACAACUUGCAGAGGCUUUCUCGAAGGUUUUAGCAGAGGCGAGCGAGGAUGUGAGGGACGAAGUUAGAAUCAUUGUGGAUGACAUAAGUGCCUGUGACCCAAUUCGCGUCGCAGUAACGGUGGAGUCAACCAUGUUUGAAAAACUAGGACGAUCGAAUGGCACCCAGAAGGUGAAGUACAGAUCGAUAAUGUUUAAUUUGAAGGAUUCGAACAACACCGAUCUUCGCCGCAGGGUUCUCCUCGGACAUAUAAUGCCUGAGAAGCUUGUUAGUAUGACGGCAGAGGAGAUGGCUAGUGAUGAGAGAAAAUCAUCAAAUAAACAGAUCCAAGAGAAGGCUUUAUUUGAAUGUGAAAGAGGAGGGCCUCCAAAAGCCACAACUGAUCAGUUCAGAUGCGGUCGGUGUGGACAGAGAAAAUGCACCUAUUAUCAACUGCAAACUAGAAGUGCUGAUGAGCCUAUGACAACUUUUGUUACUUGUGUAAACUGCAACAAUCACUGGAAGUUCUGUUGAGCAAGCCUAAACCCUAUGUUUAAUUGUGAGCAAGUUACUGAACUGUACUCAUUUAUUGUCAUUCACUGUAACACGUUUUUAACUCAUCACUGUUCAUUUUUAAGCGAUUGUCUCUUUAUAGAUCUCAGUGUUGUUUGUUCGCUUUUGGAAGAUUCACAACGGGCGUUGCUUUGUCAGUUCUCUUUAAAUUCAAGCGAAAGGUAGUCUUUUGCCAUUUCUCAUUUCAUCUAGCAGGCUGACUAAUGACAAUAUUUGCAUGUGUAAAGGUAUUCUGGGAGUAAAAGGGUGUGAGGAAAGAACUAAAAAGAGUGCAUUUUUUUUUCUUUCGCCCUCAGAUUAAGUUGUUGAUAGUGUAAAUGUGUAAUGGCCAAGUAGUUUCUUUCUCAGUUUAUUCCUUGUUGUAAAGUUCGGUGUAAUGAAGAUCUGCUUUUCUGUCUGGUUUCAUCA